AUGAGUUACCAGGGAUACGAAAAUAAUCAAGGGGGAGGCUAUGGCUCGUAUAACCCAUACGGUGGUGCAAAUACCGGCUACACGGAUAUCGAGGCGCAGAACGGUGGUUAUGAGAUGUCGGAAGUGAACCAGAACAAUGGCUACGGACAGCAACAGGCUGCUGGCGCUAGCGGACCGACUGCUAUCCUGAACAAGUGUAAGGAGAUCAACAACGGCAUCCAGGAGCUCAGAGCCAAGAGAGAGUCACAACUUGCUGCUGCGCAGAACGCUUUGCUGGACUCGAGCACCGGCAAGGAGGACCAGGCCACGCGUCAGACGCUCGACUACAUCGAGGAUGAGAUCAACCGCACAUUCCGCUAUUUGCGCGAUCUUCUGCAGAAGGUGAAGAACACGCCCGGAUCCGGAGACGCGCGCGUUCAGACCCAGAUCGAUGUCACCAGCAAGAACCUGCAGAGGGAGAUUCAGCAGUACCAGAAGACGCAGUCCGACUUCCAGAAGCGACUGAGGGAGCAAGUGCGCCGACGAUACGAGAUCGCGAACCCCGAGGCCAGCCCGGAGCAGAUCGAGCAGGGUGUUGAGAAUGUCUUGUUGGGUCAAGAGCAGGCCUUCCAGGUCACCGGUAGCCGAACGCGACAGGCCAACGACGCCCGAGCAGCCGUCCUGGAACGUUCGGGUGCUAUCAGAAAGAUCGAGAGAGACAUGAUCGAACUGAGCCGGUUAUACCAAGAGGUGGCAGAAUUGGUUCAGCAGCAGGAGCCUGCAGUUGAGCAGAUCAACCAGGGUGCUGAGGAUGUGGUGCAGAACGUCGACAAUGCGACCAAGCACAUUGACAACGCUAUCAUCAGCGCACGAAACGCCCGCCGGUGGAAGUGGUAUGCUCUGAUCAUUAUCUUGAUCAUCAUCGGUAUUGUUGUCGGUGUCGCUGUCGGUGUUACGGAGUCCAACAGAGGCAAAUAA